AUAAUUUUAGCUUUAUUGACAUCCACGUCAGUAAUGGUCAUGUCAACGUUAUCUUACCUUCUCCUCAUCUUCAUCAUCGCUUCCUCAACCAGCGCGGAAAACGCCGACAACCAUCCACAAGCCUACACCACCUUCUCACCGUCCAAGAUACCGAAAUCAGGCAAACCAGCAGGCCGGACCGAAGAGGAACCCCUUGACGAGGUCCUCUAUUUCGAUGACGUCAUAGUGGAGAACGAGCGGUCCAGGAAGGACGCCAAAAUGUGGGACCAUUGGGGCAAAUGGUCCCCCUGCAGCGUGUCCUGCGGGGUGGGAAAGAUGACUCGAUGGAGGCACUGCAUCUCCAAGGCUUGUGCCUCGGGAGACAAGGAGGCUCAGAUCAAGACCUGCACGCUGUCGCCUUGCUGAUCAGAUGACGUGUAUUGUGGAGUUUUUGAAUAAUUAGGAAUUCGUCAACAAAUUGAGAUGUACCUGGUAGCUAUAGGAAUUCAAUAAUUAAAGGGGAACAUAAAGAGAAAAACAACCUCAAUUCCAUGGUUUGUUUCACAGGAGGAGAAGUUGAAGAUACCUACUCCUACUCACUGUUUCAUAUAUACAGGUCCAAUGAAGGUGAACAGUGCUUCUUCUUUAAAUCUUGUAGGGACCAAACCCAAGGUAGACCAUCAAACCAAUAACUUUUUGGUAAAACAACUGAAAGUUUCUUCAGUUUCCAAUAUAAAUUCUCAUUU